AUGAGGCGUGAGGAGAAAGGAAAGAGGAAAGGAAAGAAGUUGGGUCUCAUCUUUGUGGUGGACAGCAGCGACCACGAGCGCAUCCAGGAAGCUGCUUUGGAGCUGCAGAUGAUGCUUGAUGAUGAUGCACUGAGGGACGCCACUGUGUUGGUUCUUGCUAACAAACAGGAUUUGCCCAAUGCGAUGCCGGUCCACGAGAUGACUGAGAGACUCAGAUUGCAUGCAAUGAAGGGAAGACCUUGGUACAUCCAGUCAACUUGUGCGACAACUGGAACAGGUUUAUAUGAAGGACUGGACUGGCUUUCAGAUCAGCUCUCCAAACGAUAA